AUGGGCAAAUGGGAGCAGGCUAGGGACCCGCAGGGCCGGGUUUACUACUUUAACCGUGAGACGAGGAAGUCGCAGUGGGAGAAGCCUGCAGAAUGGGAGGUCACAGAUGAUGGUGCCGUUGCUGCUGGCGGGGCUCCAACGAAGAAGGUUGAGAAGGCGACGCAGGGGAGCAGUGGCGAGCCAGUGAAGGGUACUUGGAAGAGUGCUAAGACGAAGGAUGGGAAAGUGUACUUUUACAAUUCGGCUACUGGGAAGUCCAGUUGGACGCUCCCUGCCGGUGUACAACUCGAAGUGGCUCCCAAGGAGACUGCCACGACGGAGUCUCCGAGGGGAGCAGUAGAAGAUUCUACUAGUUACGACAAACCUGCACAUGUGAAAGCUGUAGCUGAUAAGGUGCCCAGUGAUGGGUCGAACUUGCAAACGCCCUCGCAGCAACCGUUUGGCAAGUACGAUAACCAGUCUGUAUUGCUUAGAGUGGAAACUAGCGAUAGGAACGUCGCAGAGAGGGAGUUCUUGGCAAUGCUCCGAGAUAAUCAGGUCGACGCAACUUGGUCCUUCAGCAAGAUUGUCAAUGAGAUCGGAAUCCAAGACCCGAGGUAUUGGCUCGUUACAGAUGACCCGCUAUGGAAGCAGCAAGUAUUCGAAAAGUAUCUGAGUAGCAGAACAAAGGAGCAGUUGAUGAAGGAGCACAGCGAGGUGAGUAAAUUCCAAGCGGCGUUCCUCAAGAUGCUGGCGGGAAGAAAAGAGAUUAAGAGCUACACUAGGUGGGCGACAGCACGGAGAAUUCUUUCCGAGGAACCAAUUUACAAGCAUUCCGUUGUGAGUGAGUCAAUUAAGCGACAGACAUUUCUUGAGUAUGUUGAAGGUUUGAAGAAGCAACGCGAGUUAGAAAUUGAACGCGAUAAGGAGCAAGCGAGGACCGAACUCCGGGACUACUUGAAUGGUGUCGCCUUCUCUCCUAACGAUGGAUCGUUACUAUCUUGGCAACAGUUACUACAGAACUACUUAUUUGAGAACAAUAAGCGGUUUGUUGCAAAUAAGCAUUUUGUCGUUUUGACCCAUGAGGAUGUUUUGAAGGAAUACCUGGAUAUAGUGGACACGUACGAAACAAAAUUGCGGGACGCUUUGAAGGAAGAAAAGGAGAAUCAGUACACUCAAGAUAGGAUGGCAAGAGACCGGUUCAAAAAACUGUUGACCAGGGUCGACAAGCAGAUCAAGGCAAACACGCGAUGGGGGGACUUUUAUAACACUAUCAAGGCAGACCCUGCAUUUUUAGGAUUGGUAGGGAGGAAUGGAUCCUCACCAUUAGACUUAUUCCUAGAUAAAGUGGAGGAGAAAAUAGUCGCUCUUCGAGCACAGAGGUCUGUUGCGGAACACGUUUUGAUCAAUAGCGAGUAUGCUGGUUUAGAUCUGUCGCAAUUACUGGAGAAACGGGAAUUGGUUGAGGCUUUGCUUGCCCGAGAUUUGCGUCUAUCUGAUGUGGAGCGCCAUAACAUACCAUUGAUUGUGGAUGAGAUGAUCAAAGUAAGGAGUGAGAAGUUGGAGCAAGAAAAACGAACCACGAAGGUGUCGUUCAAGAAAUUUUUGCAAACUCGCAUUGUGGGAAAACAAGAGAUUACUAUUGAUUGGACACACAUGCAAACCCAACUAACAGGUGCCAAAGAGUUCACCCAGUUGGACGAUGCCACGAAGGAAACCAUAUUCAACGAUUUCAAAACGGAAUUCAAUGCCUCAGUGAAGAGGACCAAGCGGAUAAGUGAUACCCAAGCGGGGUCUCGGAAGCGUCCUCUUGAGAAGACAGGCAUUGUCUUGGAUUACUAG